AUGGACGAUAUUGUGAUUGAUGCCCAUGACAGCGAUACGGGGUCUUCGUCAUCAAAAGCCUGGAUCAAAAAUACUUCCAAUUUCCCGAGUUCGGUGCUGUCGUUAGUUACACUGGCAAUCCUUGGUAAGUAGAA